CCAAUCAACAAGCAUUAGUUAAGGGAUCAGCAAUUAUACCAGCAUUAUGUGGUGAGAGGAUGCGAGAGCGAAGUCAAUGAUGUCGAAGGAAGUCAGAUCUUACUUUGCUAUGCUGGGCUUAUUUGCUGUGUCUGCGCCACCUGCCAUGUCCAGUCCAGGCCACCAUCUUUUAUCCUUCUUCUCACUCUUGUCUUUUAAUUUUGCCUGAACUUCCGAAUCUCUGAUUUCUCGUCAAAUGUUUCGUGUUUAAGUUUUUCCUUCUCCUUGGCAUUUCCUUUCUCUCUUUGCUUUGCUUUGCUGGGAAUUAAAGAAUCAUGGCAGCAGCAGGUACAACAACAGCCGCUCCGGCCCUCUCAACCGAGAUCAACAACGGGACCGUCACCUCAUGGCUCCCAUUAACCACCGCCUGGCCUUCGCUGGCCGAUUGUUCUUCGCAAAUCUAUACCUGGGAUGGAACGAUCAUGGUCUUUGACCCAACGUUCCGCGAAGAUCAGGAUAAUACAGAUCUCUACUGCCAGCCAUCGCAAAUGACAGAAUCAUGGACGCAAUCCCAUCAAACUCCCCAACUUACCACCACGAGUCUAGAAGGGCUGGCGUGUCCGGAUAUGUAUACCACCGUCUGGUCUUCACCCGUGAACACGGCUAGCGAAUAUGUUGUCUGCUGUCCCAAAUCCUUCACCCCCGCAAACCCUAAAAUCCGCGCCCCAGCAACAGACUCCGCGUUCUGCCUCUCAACCCUAACCUCCGGCCAAGCAAUGAGUAUAUACAUCAAUUCCUCUUCCGGCUCCGACUCCUGGUUCGUCCACUCAACCACGACCUUCAAAUCCGGCGGCACCGUCUCCGCGCCCCAGAUCAACGGGUACGCGUUCCUCACCACGUCUUCUAGCUCAUCGACGGAUACUGGCUCGGUCACAUCCUCGAUUUCUUCAUCAUCAACCUCGACGUCUGCAACGGGCGGGAGCAGCAGCGGUCUCUCCACCGGCGCAAAAGCAGGCAUCGGAGUCGGAGUCGCGGUCGGGGCUCUAGGCGCCAUGGCGUUGGCGGGGGCGUUGUUCCUGUUGAGGAGGUAUAGGAAGAGACAAAGUGCUCCCGGGACGGCGGGGACGGCGGCGCAAGAUGGGCAGGGAGAAACGGUUAUGAAGAUGGCGGCACCGGAUGGGUCGGGGGCGCCGUAUUAUACGAGCGUGAAGACGGAGUUGCCGGGGGAGAGUAAUAUUGGUGGUGGUAAUGGAGGGGUGCAUGAGUUGGGGCCGCAGCAGCCGGUUUAUGAGAUGGCGGAUGAGAGGUGA